UUGUGAAAUGGCAAUAUAUGUCCUAUCAUCAUGUUAUACCAGAAAUGUCAAAAGUAAAUGUUGCCAACCAAAGAAAACAAAUCAAAUUUCUUUUUCGUUUGAUCGUCCGCGAAAUAACAUCAUGUCUCCAGUGGAGAAAGCUGCCGGUUCGGUUAAAACUAAACCAACAUCUAAGGAUGUGAAGUCGGCGAAGAAACAAACCCUGCGGGGGAAAAAUGUUCAGAAGAAAAAGAAGGAACACCUCCGUUUCGGCGUCGACUGCACCAACAUCGCCGAGGACAAUAUUAUGGAUGUUGCCGAUUUCGAGAAAUACCUAAAGGAGCGCUUUAAGGUUAACGGAAAAAUUGGAAAUCUAGGCGGCAACGUUACCUUCGAGCGUCAAAAGAUGAAGGUCUACGCGAACUCUGAUAUCCACUAUUCCAAACGUUACUUGAAAUACUUGACAAAGAAGUAUUUGAAGAAAAACAGCCUUCGGGAUUGGAUCCGCGUAGUUUCCAAUGACAAGGACCUGUACGAAUUACGCUACUUCAGGAUUAGCUCCAACGACGAUGAAGAAGAAGAUAACGAAUAAACUGUUAGUGAUCGCGGUUUCUUUCAAUAAAAACUGAAAGGCAAAAGAUUUA